UGAUAUUGAAGGCAUUCCUGGUAGUUGGGUCCGGGGAUUUUUAUAAUUUUGCCUGGUAUUUACCUCUGCUCGAAGGUAACAUGAAUUUUUCAUUCCUUUAGAUCACUCGAAAUGAAAUAUUAAGAGAGAGAGAGUGAGAAUGCGACCAUGGCGUACGCUACGCCCUUGUGUCAUUUCUGCAUUGCAGAAGUUCACUGUCUCACCAUCUUCAUCCCACCAUUUUAGCCCUGUUUUUCAUGGACCACAUGUGCUUCCCAUCAAUGGCUCCAUCUCGAAAACGGCUCUCAAUUUCUUCUCCACUUCAAUAAGAGUGACUAAGAAUGCAUUCGCAACCACUGGGGCACAGUCCCCAUUCUCUCCUUCUAUGCAGAGAAAUACUUUAUUGAUGAAUCAGUGUCACCAUUUUUCAUCGAAAGAGAGGAAGAGGACGAAGGUGACGCCUGUAACUUCCAAGUUGAAGAAAACCAAAAUGAAGUCUUACUCAUCAUAUAAGUCCAGGUUUAGGACAAUGAAUGACGGAUCGAUUCGGCGGUGGAGAGCUGGGAAACGGCAUAAUGCUCACUUGAAGUCAAAGAAAGCGAAAAGAAGGCUGAGACAGCCUGCGCUUGUCCAUGCAGCUUAUGCUAAGGUGAUGAAGAAGCUUAACUUUUGUGGCUGAGAUAUGUUUUUAGGCUUCAGUAAAUUCCCAUUUCCAUUGAGCUGGACAGAUGUAGGUAUUUUUUUCUUUCCAUGAAUUUUUCUUCUGUCCCAUUUGUAUGGUUAUGGUUAUGAAAUCACUGAAUUCUACUGGUACAAUAUUCGUUGGAUGUUGCAAUUUUUGGGUAUGGUUGCGGGCAAAACCUGAUGUUGGGCUCAAUCAAAUUUGUCAGACCUGAGCAGCUAUGGUAAACUCUCUCUCUCUGGGGUAUGCAUCUUUCUUUUUGAGAAAGAACAGAGUCUUUGUGAUUUUCUGGACAUUAUGUGGACACAGCUUUUCUUUUUUUAAAGAUGCUUUUUGGGCGGGUACGCUAUACAUGGUGUGCUUUUCGGGAUACAACAGUGAGUUUAUCCUUGGUUGUGUGACUAUCAGUUGAUGGUGUGGAUGGGGGAGAUGAGCCGUUGUUCUGUUGACUGUGAGAGAUAGAGAGAAUCAGCAACCUCAUCUCCACCUUUGUCGACGAUGAGAUGAUGGUUUGUGGAUAGUCUCCGUGUACACUAUACAAGCAGAGUUUACACACUCCUCUCUCUAUCGGAUUAUAUGGAUUGCCCUUUACUGUCGAUCUUGUGUAUGGACUUACUGUGCUACACUCUCUUGGGAUAUCUAUCGCAAGCCGUAUUUAUGAGACCUAAGCGGACCUAUCCAGACUGGUUCAUGGCAAAAAUUAGGUCAAGUGGAAAAUGGACUAAUGUUUGACUAGUUCCAUUAAACAAGAUUAGACAAUAUUUUAGGAAUUUAAAAUAUUUUUCUUAAUUUGUUUUGGUUUUUUAAGCUUGGACUCUCUGUAAUUGUUGGAUGAAGUAAACAUUCAACGAAUAAGGAUUCUCCUUCUUGAAUUAAACUUCUCAAUAUACCGAGCCAUUUGCAUUCCAAA